GAGUACUCUGCCGGUGCGCGCCAGAUUUUAAACACCUGUGAAAUUUAGAAGAAUUUCAUGGAUUUUACUAAUUAUGCCUCUCCUAGGUAAAAAGGUUUUCAACUGUCUGAAGCCCUUAAAUGACAUUAAGGCUGAGGAGGCCGUUUUUACCAUCCCACACACCAAGGAACAGUUCCGAUCUAAAGCUGAAUUUGAAAAACGGAAAGAUCUCUACGAGGAGAGGAUAUGGACCUGUCAGUGCACAGGACACAUCAACUUGACGCAUGAAGAAGCAUGGAAUUCGGAGAAAGCUGUACAGAAAACACUGAAAAAUCAGUUUGCUUCAUGCUAUGAGAAAUCUGUCCUUGAAAUUGUUCAUCACAGCACCCUCUCAUUGGACACAUUGGUAGACCAAGCAUGGCUGAAGCUACAACAGGUGCUGUGUGUGACCGAGAAGAUCAACCUGCGCAUCAAGAAUACUGGAAAUGCAAAGGGAUUUUCUGGAACAGUUGUCAGCAUUGACACAAGUGGUGUGCAGGCCAACCCCACCAGCAACUGCAGCUCGCCCUCCAGUGACAAAGAAAACAGUUCUGGGGAAGGGAAGGAGUCCUCACCUAAGAAGUGGGUCCCCCCAAAGCUGCUGCCUUACAAGUAUAGCAUCAAGCUUGAUGAGGAAGAUAAAAUCAUCAACGGUAUUCCUGCCUGCGACUUAGUGCGAGUUGAUCGCCCCCGUCCAAAGAAUUGCUGCGCCUCUUCAUAUUUCCAAGCCAGUGCCCUCCGUGUUGGCAUUCUUCAAAAUCCACAGUCGUGUUGGCACCACGUCCACGUCAACGAUCAUGCACUGGUCAAGAAGUACUCCUUACCCAGCAAAUUUGCCGACUUCCUUGUUUCACCUGCUAAGAUGGCUGAAGCAGCUAAGCGAGCAGAAGAGGAAGGUGUGCGAAAACGUAAACAUAAUCAGCAACAUAAACAACCUAUGUCUGCUAAAAAACUGAAAAAGUCCUCCAAACUGUCUGAUAGCAAAAGAGGAAGCUCAAGUGUAAAAGCGAAGAUAAAGAAGAAAGAAAAGGAGAAAUCCCCAGUUAAAAAGAAGAAAGUUAUGGAAGAAAUAGUUAUUGAUAGUGAAAGCUCAGACGAUGAAGUGCUUGCGAAUCUGAAAAAUUCCAAUGAUUCAGAUUCAGACACACCUUUGCUCAGUUUGAAAAAUCAGCUGACGCCGAAAAAGAAGAAGAAAAAGAAAGAAUCUGAUUCCGAUUCCGAUACCCCUCUUAGUAAACUGACACCCAAGAAGAAGAAGUUAAAGUUAGAUUCUGGAUCUCAAAAGUCAAGGUCACCCAAGAAAUCACCCACAAAGACGGCGUCUAAGUCUGGAAGGAAAUCGAGUGCAGCCAGUGGUACUAAAAGGAGAGGCAGACCCAAGAAGGAUGCACAGGCAACGCCAACCAAGAAGGUCAAGAGAACACCCACCAAGAAGGGAAUGAAGCAGAUGACGUUGUUAGACAUUGCUGGGAAAAAGGGAAGUCCAAGAACUCCUAGCAAGUCGGUCAGGAAAUCGGCCCCUCCUCCUACUCCCAAGAUCAUUAGGAAGUUACUGAAGUUGAACGCUGAGAGUGACCGCUAUCGUGUCAAGUAUGCUUUGCUGGUGAAACAAGCAGCAUUGACUCUCACCUCACAACAGAAGUCCAACCUGCCGGCCAGCAUCAAAGACAUCAUUCUCAAGAAGUGUGACCAGAUCAAGGAAAAGAGGCUCAUGCAGAAGAUGACGCCCGAAGAGAGAGAUGCCUACAUAAAGGAAAAGAAGCAGAAGGUCAAGGCCGAGAAGCAGCAUGAACUGCAGGAGCAGAAAAAGAGAUUUGAAGACCUUGACCUGAACUCAUCUCCAUUACCUACUCCGAAACCUGUUCCUACACCAGAUGGCAUUCCUAAUGAAUGUUUUGGUGAUGUUACCAUGGUGACAGAGUUCCUGAGUUGCUAUGGGGGACUGCUUAUGCCAGAUAAUGAAUAUACUAUUUAUUCAGACGACUUGAUGUCGGCACUAGCUUCAGGGCUGCAAGGUUCCACAUACGUGGCACGUGUCCUGGUGGUGUUGCUACAGACGUUGCUGCAGGAUGAGAUCGCUGAAGAUUACAAGGAGCUGCGUGUGAAGCUGGGCGACGUUCCUGUCAACCCAUACACUGCCUCCGAGCUGGCUAGGUUAUGUCUCAGACGGAAUGAUUCUGGCCACACCGACGACUCCUUUGAAGAGGAGGAUGAUAGUGAAGUGCCGGACCAGAUCAUCCAUCAGUUAGAGACCCAGGAAUUUCACGAGCUGGAAGCAGAGGCCAAGCUGAAGGUGUUAAGUGGGCUGUGUCUGCGCAUCCUCGGAACCUACUCCAUGCAGGACUACAUGGAGAACAAACAGCAGGAAGCCAGUCAGCUCUCUCGUCAGAAGAACGCGGAGCUGAAAGAGGAGAAGCUGAAGAAGAAGGGUGAAUCGAAGGGCGAAUUGAAGGGCAAGGGAGAGGAUCAACCCGAGGAGAAGCCAGCAGCAGGUGCAACACUGAACCACUUCUAUGGCAAGAAGGAAGGUGAGACUGACAGUGGGUCAGCUGCCGGGGACUCCAUGGACGACGUCGAGGGGGAUGACCUCAUUUCCGUUCUCAAGAGGAGGCGACUAAUGACAGCCAAGCAGUCCGCUGAGAGGGAGAAGAAGGAGAAAGAGAGAAAAGAGCAGAAGGAAAAAGAAUACCAAGAAUAUCGUAAACAGCUUGAGAGGGAAAAGUUGCAGAAAUUGUACAAAGAUAGUGUAACUCUGGCACGCAGCGUGUUACGACAGAGCCCGAUUGGAACCGACAGGAACCAUUGUCGGUACUGGAUUUUCAACAGUACUACACCUGGGCUGUUUAUUGAGAAAGGUUGGGUGAAUGCAGAUAUAGACUACAACUGUCAAGGAUUGGGUGAUAGGGCGUCAAGUGCUCCGAGCACGCCCAAGAAGGCGGAUAGUGUCACAUCGGGAUCACAGCCAAACACACCGUUGAAGUUAAAGAAGAGGAAAUCAGACACUGAGACAAGUUUUCCACGACCUGGUCAGAACCUGUGGUUCACCUGCGACACAGUGGAAGAGCUUGAAGCCCUGCUGAAGGCACUCGUGCCGAUGGGCAUCCGAGAGAGCCAGCUUAAGUCUGAGAUAGAGAAGAAGUAUGACGAGCUGUCUAAAGCCAUUAAUGGCGCAAAGAGGCCAGACAGGGAUGUUCUUGACACUGAAAUCACUGAAGAGGACCUUGUCACCGCGUUUAGAAAGGAAUUGAAUGACGCGGAGUUGCGGUUGAGAAAUGGUGGGCUAGGCGGCAUACCGCUGUUUGAUGAGUGGGAGGCCAGAGUCAGCUCAGCAACAGAUAUCAAGGAUCUGGGGGCAUGUUUGAAAGAAGUUCAGAAAAAUGUAGCUGAGAAGUUUUUGAAAGGUUUCAUGAAACCUAGAAACGUCCCGACAACGCAAGUCAAAGAAAUAAAGGAAGAAGAAGACAAAGAUGAAGAUGAGGAUGUGGAGGAGGACGUGACUGCCUCCAAGGCUGUAGCUGACUGGUUUGAAGCCCUGGAGACCUGCCCCACGUUCUCCAGGCUGCACGUGUUGUUAGGCAUGCUGGACUCAUGCAUCAAGUGGGAGAAGUCAGCCGAAAAUGCUAAAUGCAAGAUAUGUCGUAAGAAGGGUAACGACGAGGCCGUACUGCUGUGUGAUGAGUGCAACCAGGCCUUCCACAUGUACUGCCUACGUCCAGCACUCCUCUACAUCCCCAAGGGAGACUGGUUCUGCCCGGCUUGUAUACCUCAGUCCAAGAGACGGCACAGUCGAGAGGUUAAGCGGUACAAUGAAGAUGCUGAAUCAGACGAUGACCAAAGUGACAACGGUGAGGAGCGAGAGGCCAUCGAGCAUGACCAGGAGUGCUAUGAGUGUGGAGACGGAGAAGAGGGAGACCUUAUUGAGUGUGGAGUUUGUCCUGCUGUCUAUCAUCUAGACUGCCACAAUCCACCCCUCCGACACCCACCUAGGGGGUACUGGGAGUGUUCGAACUGUAAAGGUGGAACCAGAAGUCAACGGAACAGAGGAAAAUCUUCACGAAGAAAACCUAGAGCCGCAAGAGUUAAGUACAAUCAGUCAUCUUCGGAGGAUGAGUCAGAUGCUGAAAAUCAACGCCAGACCAAGUCUAGUCGAAGAUCAGCUUCAUCAAAGAAAGAAACCACAUCGUCAAGUACACGUUCAUCAUCACGGAAACGGGAACCUGUCAGCGAAGCACUGGACCAAAAGCCCAUCUAUUCUCGUAGACCUCCAUCCGAACUCUCUAUAUGUGAGGAGAUUUUAGACAAGGUGAUGAAGCACAAGUCCUCGUGGCCAUUCCUGGAAGCUGUGGACAAGAAAGAGGUCCCAGACUACUAUGUGAUAGUGAAGCAUCCCAUGGACUUCCACACUAUGAAGAACAAGCUGGCCCGCCUCAGCUACUCGUCCCCCGAGGAAGUCAUCAAAGAGACCGCCCUCGUCUUCAGGAAUGCUGCUCAGUACAACAAGGAGGACAGCGAGGUCUACCAGUGUAUGCUAGAAGUGGAGAAGGUGUUCGUGGAAAUACUCAGCAAGAAGUUGCCUUUCUAUCACUACAGUCGUGACCCUGUUGCCAAUGGUUACGAUGACCAUGGCUACAGCAAUCGGAAACGAUCUCGACGAUGAAGAGUCUUAGUCACAUAUGUACAUCUUUCCCAUCCUGGAUUCAGUCGUCAUGGUACCUGGCUUCUUGUGAAGUAGUUAUCUGUACAUUGGGUGUAAAUUAGCAUAUUGUCAUUUUAAAGUUGUUCAGUAAUUAAGUUAAUUCAUUGUUGUUGUUUUUCUCAUCUCAAAAUGCUGAAGAAAGCACAAGUUAUGUGAAUAUUUAGUUCUGUUAAAGAGUAUGUACAUAUCCUUUGGUGCAGAAAUUUAUGUGUGUAGUAAUAGCGUACAUGUUCAGUGUAUUCAUGUGGUAAACAUAUUUGAAUUCACACUUCACUUUUUUCACAAAAUGAAAUCAGGUGGUGAAGAUAUCCUUUAUAUUUAAACUUUGUUGAAAAGGAACAUCGAGUAAUUUUGUUUUUCAGAAGGAAAAGCAGCAUGUAUCAAUUCACAUCAAAAUACACAAAUUCAGUUGAAAAUAAAAUUUCAUUGUAAAUACUCUA